AUGGGAUAAUGUCUCAAUUGUUUUAAGAAGAAUGAAGAAAGCCACUAAGAUGUUGUUUCUUAACAAACUAAUACUAAUUCUAAACCACUUAAUGAACAUUAAACAGAAACCAUCACUUUCUAUAAACAAAGUAUUGUUCUUAACAAUGAUCCACACAAACUUAAUGUCACAGACUUUAAAUUGAUAAAGACAAUUGGUAGGGGAAAUUUUGGGAAGGUGUUAUUAGUUCGAAAGAGAUCCAAUGGAAAAGUAUAUGCUAUGAAAAUUGUGAAUAAAUAUGAUCUGCAAGUUAAAAAAUAAGUGGAAUAUGCUAAAACAGAAAGAAUUAUAUUGGAAAAGAUUAAUCAUCCUUUUAUAAGUAAACUUCAUUAUGCAUUUUAAACCCCAUAAAAGCUUUAUUAUGUUAUUGAUUUUUGUGCAGGUGGGGAAUUAUUCUUUCAUUUAAGAAGAGCCUAUAAAUUCAAAGAGAAUUAAGUUUAAUUUUAUGCUGUUGAAAUUAUUAUCGCUUUAGAAUAUUUACAUGAUUCUAAAAUCUUAUAUAGAGAUCUUAAACCAGAAAACAUCCUCUUAUGUUAUGAUGGCCAUAUCAAAUUAAUUGAUUUUGGAUUAUCUAAAAUUAUCAGCAAUCGAGAUAAACCAUCCUUUUCUAUAGUAGGAACUCCAGAAUAUCUUGCUCCUGAAANUUUAGAGAUAGCCAAUGCUUCAUGA